CGUCACAUUGCUCCGCCUCACUCGUUUGAGAACUGUCUAAAGUGAAACAGCCAUGUUGGGUAGUGACGGUUGAAGAAAAUCCCAGUGUUGGUUAUAAGCAAAUUGUUUGAUGUGUUGUUGAGUGUUAAGUUAUUGUUAUUGGAUUAAUGACGACCGCAACCGAAAGCAUGAACUGGGGCACCGAGCUCUGGGACCAGUAUGACAAUUUGUCGAUUCAUACAAUGAAAGGGAUCGAUUUUUUGGAAAAAUACGGUCAUUUCGUCAAAGACAGGGCGGCCAUAGAGUACGAAUAUGCGGCGAAAUUGAGGAGAUUAGUGAAGACGUACCAACCCAAGAAAAAGGAUGAAGACGACUACCAGUUUACGUCGUGUAAAGCGUUCAAGAUGUUAAUGAACGAAAUCAAUGACCUCGCUGGACAACACGAGGUCGUUGCCGAAAAUCUUCAAGCCAAUGUUAUCAAGGAAUUGAAUGCGUUAGUCAAAGACAUCAGGGAAGAACGAAAAAAACAGCUGCAGGAGGGCAACCGCCUGACCCAAGCCUUACAGACCCAAUUAGAAAAUUUACAAAGAUCGAAAAAAGCCUACGACAAGGCGUUUCGCGAUAACGAGAAAGCUUUAGAAAAUUUUCAAAAAGCAGACGCCGAUUUGCAUUUAUCUCGAGCUGAGGUUGAAAAACAACGUGCGAAUUUAGCUUACAAAACUCAAGUUUGUGAUACGACAAAAAAUGAAUACGCGAUGCAGUUGCAAAGAACAAACGAAUUACAACGACAGCACUUUAGAUCUGGAUUGCCGGAGGUUUUUCGGCAGUUGCAAGAGCUGGACGAGAAACGGAUUAAAAAUAUUAAAAAUUUUAUACGUAGUUCUGUAGAUAUCGAACGUAAUGUGUUUCCUAUUAUUAAUAAAUGUUUAGAUGGUAUUUUGAAAGCCGCGGACGUUAUUAAUGAAAAAGAGGACACGAUACUUGUAAUAGAAAAAUACAAGUCAGGCUUUCUACCCCCGGAGGAUAUUCCGUUUGAAGAUUUAUCGAAAGGUGGUAGUGAUUCGGGUAGUGCUAAUAACAUUAACAAUAUUCAAAUUAGUGGUAAAUUAAAAGAUGGUGGUUACACAGUGAAAGGGACAAUAACGGGGAAAGCGAUGAAGAAACGUGCCGGGAUUUUUCACAUUUUUGGAAGCAAAGGGAAGCUUACAGAAGUCUGUAUGGCCAUCAAGAACGCUGCUAUUUCGGACGGAAAGGAGGACCUAAGUGACCUGCCUCCAAACCAGCGGCGGAAAAAACUCAUGCAAAAGGUCGAAGAGCUCAAAAGUAAGGUCGCGCAAGAAACUGCGGCCAAAGAUGGGCUUAUGAAAAUGAAGGGAGUGUAUGAGGCCAACCCUGCAUUGGGCGAUCCAAUGACCAUCGAAGGUCAGCUCAAUGAGUGCAGCCACAGACUGGAUAAGCUCCAAGGCGAAUUGAAGAGGUAUCAGAGUUAUCUGGAUGAUGCUAUCAAGGGAAUCCAAUCGGGUCAGAAUAACUCUUUGACGAAUUCGCCUCGAUUGGUGAAUGGGUCGAGACAUCACCGAAAUUCGGGAGGAAGUGCUGCCGAAGAGGAAUCACUCAGCAGGUCUGCAAGUGACAGUAGCGUCACUAACCCUACUAUCAAUCAUAAUAAGCAGUCCGCACCGGGCACGCCUCAGCUUAAUCAUGGUUGUUCAAACAGUCCCGAAAGUGGAUUGGGUACAUCACACACAUCUCUCCCAGGGGUUGACUCAGAUCCCGACCAAUACGACGGACACGCUGUCGACCCAGAAAGCGAAUAUUACGAAGCCGAUCUUCUCGCCCCGAUGGGCAUUUGCAAAGCCUUGUACCCAUUUGAAGCUACAAGUGAAGGGAGCAUACCUAUGGCACAAGACGAAGAACUGCAUUUGAUUGAAGAAGACCAGGGCGAUGGGUGGACUCGUGUGCGGAGAAUGCAUGGAGAGUUUGAAGAAGGUUUCGUUCCGACUUCUUAUAUCGAAACGACUUUGUUCAACAGCAAGUAAUCUCGUGUGUGCGUAUCUCGCCAGAAAUAUAUAUUUUUAUAUUUUAUUUAUGUUUUUGAAACAAUAAUUCUUCUAUUUAUCUAGUUAGGUUCGUUAGUGUAAAAAUUGCUCAGUCAUUAUUUGUGUUUGUGACCACACACGUCCAUAAACAGGCGAGUCUGCUAAUAUUUUUACCAUUCUCAAAAACUUAACACACGAUAUUCAUACUAUAUUUUUUCUACAAUUAAAUUAAAAAAUUCUUGCCAUUCUAAAACAAACGAAAACAACUUUUUUUAAGUAUUGUUUGCAAUUUGUUUAAAAUGAUACUAGAAAUCAAUCAAUAUUUUAUUAAUAUUAGAAAACUUGUACGCUUUUUGUUUUUAGUUUUCGAGUUGUGGUAAAAAGUACUUGCAGUCUCACCUUAGAUUGCUUUCGGCGUAAUUGAGUUGAUUAAGAAGUUCGCUUAGCACAAUUGUUACUGUAUAUAUGCUCAUAUACUAAUACUAGCUAGCUGUGAGAACAAUUUAAGCAAAUUGUAAUAUAAACAAAUAGUUGUAAUUUUAUAACCGUUUUUUAAUUGCAUUCAUGUUUCUUGUCACAGACCUGUUAGGGCGUUAACCUUUCAUCAUAGUUCUAGUAAUUAAAAAUUCAUUUUCAAUAUUCGUGCUACAAAUGUAUUAUUUUUUCUAUGAAAAACUCAUCAAGACUUUUAAGGACAUUUCUGAUUGGUUUAAACCGGCUGUUUUUUCUCAACUUGGUGCUACAUGUAGCCAAAUGGCAGCUGCAGAUUUGUUAAUUUAGAAUGGUUGCAUAUCAGUUAUUUAAGCUUGUCCUUGAAAGCUUGUUCAUGUCUUGUGAAAACUCGGAUAAAUCAUAACAUUAAUGUGCAUAUAUGACUGACUACUGCAUUAUAAAUAUCAACAAUUAAA